GCGGCGGCGGGCCCCUCGAUCAAUUUUCAUGCAAGAAUCAUUAUCGGUAAAUUGGAAAGCUGGCUGCCUGACAGCGGAUUUGUCUCCCCUAAUGAAAGCGAAAGGGCAGCGGCGCGGCGGCGGCGGCUCCUUCCGUCUCCACGCGGCGGCUUCCCGGGGCUCCGCGCUCCGCAGGGCGGCGGUGACAGUUUCACUUGCGAGCUCCCCCUGCGCGCGGCCGCUCGGGGCCCGGGAGGGCGCUGCGCCGGCCGCGGGGCGCUCCCCUCGCCCCCGGAGCCCGGGGGCCGCGGGCAAACAGUGGGCGGCCGCGGGCGCCGCCGGCUCCCCCUCCGGCUGCCCAACUCCGCGCUCUGGCUGCCGGCCCGGCCGCCCUCCCCACCCACGUCUGACAGCUGCGGGAGCCGGGGGCUCGCCCUCCGCCCGGCCGGGGGUGUGGGGGGCGGGGAGGCUCCCCAGGCCGUCCCCCCCCGCCCCGGGGGCCGCCUCCGGUGGCUCCCGCGCGGGGCCGCGGAGACGCACGCGCCGGCCGCCCCGGGCCAGCGGUUCGCUUCCGCCUUGGCCUCUCCCCGCUCACCCCACCCGCUGAAAAUCCCUGUUGCAAGUGUAACCGAGUGCUUGCUACCGUCUCGCACACUGCCCGCGCCGCGGCGGCGUUAGCAGCUCCGGGGAGGCGUGCUCGCAGGCACACGGCCCCAGUGCGCGCGGCUGCUGCGGCUCUGCGAGACAGGCCCCCGCGCGGGGCGCACGAGCGCCCGGCUCCCCACGCCGCCUCUCCUUCGCACCCUCUCUGGCAGGCCCCACGUGAUAAUUCCCCAAAUCGAAGGGGAAAAAACCCUGCCGCCAAACCACAUCCUGUGCGCGCAUUGUCCAGCCCAGCGAUUUUAAAGAGACAGGACCCAUUUCCCCACGCGCGCUCCUAAAAGCGCGCUACAGAGCUGCCUCUUGGUGCAGCCCCGGUGUUUUCCAGCCCUUCCGCCUCCACAGGUGCCCCCUGGGUGGCACAACGCGGUGACGCUAAAGGGGUCACCUCUGGCCCCGGACACAAUCGUGGGAUGCGGGAAGAGGCCUGCGCCCGCAGGGACGCACGGCGGGGCGCCGCGGUCCCGCCAGGCUCGGGUUCCUGGCCACGCUCGCCGGCCCCCGCGUCAACCGGGGGACCCCAGCGGCUGCCCCGGGGUCCCUGCUGCAAGCGGCGACUUCAAGAGGCGGCUGAACUCGGGGGAGGGGUGGUGUCACACCCUCCAGGAAAGCCGUGGAGGGCGAGCUGGUGGAGGUGCGCGCGCGCCGGGCUGUGUGUGGGGGGGUGCCCCCCGCCCGCCCCAGCCC